AUGAAUGCGGUAGACAUGCCAGGCUGGCCUCGCCCGCCGAUCAAGGUGAUACCCGCCAAUAUUGUUCAUACGAUUGCAGUGAAUAUUAGCAAUUUUCGAGAUUUGCUGAACUUCAGCUUAGUUAACAAGUCCUGUUACAAUGAGAUCAUAAAUGACAACAAGUUGUGGAUAGGAUAUCUGAAAACGAUACACUGCUGGAAAAGGCAUGGGAGUCAGGGGAACGAGAUUGGGAAAGCAACAACCCGGAGGACCUCUGGAGAUACUUCUUUGCUCAUUGACGAAGAAUUGACACCUAUAAACUGUGUGUCCAAAAGCGUCUCGGACCCCAAUUUAGCUCGCUUGGAGUUCAUCAAAAUCUACGAGAUCAUGGCGCCCAUAUCUAAUGAUCUUCUGGUGAAAAACUACUCCAAUUUCCAGUCGCUUGCAGUGUUCAAAGAGUUCAAUGAUCCUUUUGACCAGUCCAUGCUCUUUGCUGGUAUCGGCAAAUUCAUACAAAUAUACAGGCAUGAGGACAGGUACAGGAAUAUGGUCAUCAGGCUUAAUACGAUUUUGGAUCUGUUUGUAACAUCAGUGAUUCGAGAAAUUGAAAUACGGCUGAGACAAGAGGACUUCAAGGAGGCACGCAAAUUGAUCAGCGCACUUGACAAUUUGAGUCUAGAUAUCGGCGACAUCGAGGUGGACAGUUUGGAAGCUUUACUGGAGUUCUUCCUUGAUAGAUAUGUUGAAACUUAUUCAUUUCUGUCAUCCAUGGACACCGUGGACCGCGUUCUCAAGAAGGCCACGCACAAGGCCCGCGGAGUCGUGAAAGGAUACUAUCUGGAUUUUGUGGAAGUUGACACGAUCUUUGAUCAAGUUGCAAGCUUACUGAAUAGUCAAUUGAAUGAAAUUGAUAGGAUAUUUGAUACCAAUGCCGAUGAAGUGCCCAUUGUGCUGAAGCUGAUGGAGACAUUUCUCGGAAACUACUUGAUUGGGGGACUGGUUGAGAAGCUUCUAAAUCGUGCAAAGCAUGUUGAUGGUCUUGAUGAGCCAGAAGAUUUAGCGGAGGAGCCAGAAGACGAGAAAACGGAUCCACCCCAUGUCAACAUCAUGAACGAGAACUCGCUCUAUUUCCAGUGCGUUCCUUUUCUGCAUCAUAAGCUGCUGUCAACUUUUGCGAACUUGAACUAUCCGCAAAGCUCAAUGGACUCGUCCAAACAGGCCACGAAAAUGGAUUAUUAUCCGGUGAUCACUGGAUUUAUCAAUUUCUAUUACGAGCCCCAUCUGGUGGAGUUUUCCGAUCAGCUACCAAAACAAUGCCACCAGUCUCUCGUCCACUUAAUAAACUCCUGGGAACUUAACAAAGUUGAGAAUGAAAGAAUGCUUGAACAAGAGAUUCUCAAGUUUGUGGAUGAUUCCUCAGAAGCACAAACAAACCAUACAUUCGACAUUUUCAGUAGUUUCACUAAUAUAUUCAGACUCAAAGGAGCAAAGAAAACAGAAAAAGAGGAGGUUGAAAACGAGACAAGACUGACCAAGUUUGCUGCUAAACUACAAAUUUUGACCACCAAUGUUCAAAACAUCAAAUCGCUGGUCAGCAUGGAUUUGACAGUUCUAAUUCUACAGCAUGUCAAAAACAGCUACGACCUACUACUUGGAUUGACGAAAAACUCUGCCACCUCUGACAUUAAAGCCAGUAUCUACAAAGUUUGUCAGGAUAUAUUUAUAGACAUGCUUUCGACAUUGAUUGACCGCCAUAUAAAAAGCGGGUUCCAGGAAGCAUUGACUCGAUUAAAGGAGUACAAUCCAGCAGAGCUGGAUGUUAGUGUGGACUACACAGUGGAGCCACUUACCAACUUUAUUGAGCUGGUUAAUGUUGGAGACUUAAUUUUACAAAUGAUCAACAUUUUCUAUAACGAAGAACUAGUGAAGAACGAGAUUGUGGAAACGAAACCGCAAAAAAGCAGAGACUUUUUAUCUUCCAACCAGUGCGAAAAAACCAUAUCGAAGCUCGAAAUGAUGCUUGAUGCGUACGUCGCUGAUGGACUUGAUAUCAGCAUUGGUGUCAUCAUGAAUGAGGUCAAUAUGUGCAUUCUUAGGUCUCAGGUGAACGAGGGAACUUACAAUCUGGUGAACAUGGAGCAGAUGGGGAUUAAAAACGGAAAGCCAAGUGUUUACGUCAAGCAAACUGUUACCAUACUGGAAUCACAUUUUAAAAUGUUGUCGGAAUCUAUUGAUAAGGCCAUACUGGACAUAUUUAAAGAGGAGAUUGGCGAGCGGUUUAUUGCGACCUUUAUAAAGCUUCUGACCAAAAAACUGAUCAUCUCAACCAUAGGCGCGAUCCAGUUCAUCACCGAUAUCAACUAUCUGUACGACUUUUUUGUCAGGUACAAAAUUAAGCAGACGGUGCAGUAUCUGGUGGCUUUCAAAAAAAUCAGCCAGUUGUUUUUGAUCGAGUGCGACGAUAAAAAGAAAUGCAAGGAUCUUGGAAAGCUAGUGAUAGACCUUGGAAGAGACAACGGUAUUUUCAGUCCGGAAGAAGUGUAUUCCUUUGUGAGUCGCCGCAGUGAUUGGAUUAGCAUCAAACGGUCGGUGGACAAAAUCAUGUAUGGUUUUGGACCCGAUGAUUGCAUAAUUGUAUAA